AUGCGCAAACUUGUCAUUCCUAAAUACUACGGUCGACCAUCAAUUGGUUAGUUUAUUUUUGUGCAGAUUUUUGAGGUUCAAAAACUAAAUUUAUAGGACUUGCUCUUUUUGGCUGCACUAAUCGUCCAUUUUAUCAUAUUUGCGUUUUCCCGGAUCGUGCACUUGGUCGUCGAUUCGAAAGUAAUAUUCUGGAACAAGUUGGAACAUUUGAUCCAUUACCAAACACAAAAAACGAGAAGUUGGUUGCUUUAAAUUUUGGUCGAUUGAAAUAUUGGAUUGGUGAGCGCAACGCGCAUAUUUCCGUUCCUGUUCUUGAACUUUUGGGUCUUUCUGGUCUUUUUCCGAUUCAUCCAAAAUCUUUCAUUCGGGCGAAAGAUAAUCGAGAAAUAUUAAAAGAGGAAUCUGUUGAAGAACAAAAAGUGAGUUUAUAAAAAACCAUAUAAUUUUAAAGGAUUUUUAUUUUUAGACCGAGGAGCCUCUCCUUCAACAUCAACAAUAA